GUGCAAGUAUGAUAGCUGAAACCAGAGAACUUCAACAAACCACCUUAAAUGAUGACACCCAGCCAUAGAGGGGCAGAGGUUGAAGAGGCCUGGAAGAUCAGUGAGCCACCCCUCUAUCACUUCAGCACCCUCAGGGCUCUGUAUCUGGAAGGACAACCAACAGCUCCGACCUGAGCAGACUUCAGGGAAGAUGCAGCCACUCCUGCUUUUGUUGGCCCUUCUUCUGCCCCUUGGUGCUGGGACAGAGGAGAUCAUCGGGGGCCAUGAGGCCAAGCCCCACUCCCGGCCCUACAUGGCAUUUGUUCAGUUUCUGGAUAAGGACAAGAAGAAGAGGUGUGGCGGUGUCCUGGUGCACAAGUACUUUGUUCUGACGGCUGCUCACUGCCGGGGAAGCUCCAUCGGGGUCACCCUGGGGGCCCACAACAUCAAGAAACAGGAGAGGACCCAGCAGGACAUUCCGGUGAGAAAAGCCAUCCCCCACCCAGACUAUAAUCCGAAGAACUACUCCAACGACAUCAUGUUACUGAAGCUGGAGAGAGAGGCCAAGCGGACUGCAGCGGUGAGGCCCCUCCGCCUGCCCACCGGCAAGACCCGGGUGCGGCCAGGACAGGUGUGCAGUGUGGCCGGCUGGGGGCGGGUCUCAAUGAGCUCCCUAGCAACCACUCUGCAGGAGGUGUCGCUGGAAGUACAGAAGGAUUGGGAGUGUGAAUCCCUCUUCCAUGGCUAUUACAGCGGGGCCACCCAGAUUUGUGUAGGAGACCCGAAGAAGAUGAAGACCGGCUUCAAGGGGGACUCCGGGGACCCCCUCGUGUGUAACAACGUGGUCCAGGGGAUUUUCUCCUAUGGAAAAGGAGACGGGAACCCUCCAGGGGUCUUCAUGAAGGUCUCCCACUCCCUGCCCUGGAUAAAGAGAACAAUGAAGCGCCUCUAACAACAGGCAUGAGACUGACCUCCCUCUGUGCUUGGCCAUCUUUCCUGGGGCAGAGGCAAAAAUCCCUUGGGCCUGGGGGGUGGAGGGUAGGGAUGGCAGGGCCAUAAUAAAUGGAUCUCUAGAGGCAA